CGCGGUGCAUAAUUGAGUAUGCCGUGGCUCCGGUUGGCUUCCCACGAUCUUCACCCGGUGGCAAUCCCAAUAUACCAAGUGCGAGGGAUUUUCCUAUUCCAUGCUUGUGGUCGGAAUCUUCCCGACCGAUCCAUUAGGGGUUCCAAGGCACCGCACCAAGCCUCGAACCGUAGCAGAGGAAAAGGGGAGGUGAAGACUGAAGACUGUACUGAGGAGUAUGUGGCCCUUCCUCCGCGGAAGGGCCAGUUCCACCGAACCGACAGAGUGGAAAGUGGAAGGGAAAGUUCACCAGUGGAUCCCAUUAGCUUGGUCUACCGAAACCUUAAGAAGUUAAGGGGAAUCUGGAAUCUUGGAUCGACUGGGAAGGGAAGACUGGAAGAAGGAGGGAGAGGGAGAGGAAUGAGGAAUGAGAUCCUCGGCUCGAGGAGAGUUGAUCGUUAAGUGCGUACUAAGUCGUAGUAGUAGUAGUUGGUUGAGUUGCUGGCUGGUUUUUGUGGCUUGUUACAUUUCAAGAAGGACAAUGCAACUCCCGCUAGUCCUGUUCCGGCCGUAGAUUGGGGGCAGCAACUCCUUCCACUUCAAUCUUUCUCAACUACUUGAACUACUUGAACUGCUUGUAGGAUAUCUCAUCUGUGCACCGAGUCGAGUUC